GUCUUUGGAGCGGCCAUAUUUUCGCUCGUGGCUCGCAGUCUCCGAGGUAGUGGUUCAGUGACAAUUUUUGGGAUGCGACAGUCGAAAUCAUCAGUACUUGUGCUGCUGGAUCCAUAAAAGAAGGAGAAACGGCAGCAAAGAUGGCUAAAAGUAGCGGGAAUUUAUCUUCAAGACGAUCAUCGUCGCACAGUACGAAGCCUUACGAUACGAACAACUCAUUUGUUAAGAAAGUUGCUACUAAAGUAACAGACUUUAUACCCCAACCAUUAUGGAUCAGUAAAUGGUUCAAUACGUCUCAAGGAAAUGGAGAUAUUUCAAAUGAUACUGAAAACCUUGAAGAAGUAGAACCAGAAGAGGAUAUAGAAAAGCCUCCACCAUCAAAACGACCACGAAUUCGUACAGAUAUUAUCCAUCCACCUGGAACAUUUUCUGUUCGAUCAAAUGUUAUAACAUCAAAUAAUAAAACUAAAAUUUCUAGAGGAAAAUAUUCUGUGCAAAAUGAUACGAGAGAUGAUUUUCUUAAACCUUCUAUGGCUGGACCCAGUGGGAUAGGUCAUUUAAUAUGUUCUACACCUACCACACAAUUAGAUAGCAGACCAGUAGCUACACAAAGGUCCGAUUUAAAUCUCCUAAUUUCCACAUCAAAUAAUGGUACAGCCAAUGGAAUGGACGAUAACUCAGAAUCAAGCGAGAGUACUAGUGGUUGCAGCUCUCUUAUACCGCAAACCAGUCGACAAGAAGCUCCUUCUCAUGAUGUUUAUAAUUCACCAUUUGUUAAUAGGAAACGCUUUAUAGAUGAGAAAUUAACAUUUACUAAUCAGUUACAGUCACCAAGGACAUUGUUUGUAGACAACAAUCCUCGUGAUACUUUAAGUAAUCAUAGGCCAAGUUUUAAUGCAUCUGUCAUGACUAACACGCUGGACCGUGCAUCUCGUUUGUUGUCCCCUUUUUAUAGUGGAAAUACCACCUUUGGAGGAGCGAAUGCAGUUGAAUUGUAUAAACGAAACCAAGCAAAGUCUCUUCUACUCAAUACAACUGAUAUUCAACUUAAAGUUCCAAAGAGACCAAGUGUCCAAGUCAAACCUUCAAAUACAACGGUUGACCCAUCAGGUAUGAGUCAAACUGCGAGAAAAAUACUGGAAGCUCUGGAACAUUUUUCAUCGCCUAUAUCAGAUGCUAAGAAAAUUCCAUUAAAAAGCACAAAUAUUACUCCGUCUUCAAUUAGUAAAAAACGUCAGCGAGAAGAAAAUGAAUCUCCAUCUGCUCGUGUAGGAUUACGGCCUCCAACGCGAGAAUUAAUUGUGCCAACUGUACCCGCUAUAAUUAAGAUAAGAAGACGUGAAAAAUUACAAGACACAACAGUGGCAGCACGAAAAAUUGUUUCUGCUUAUAGUGGACCACCGCCUCCUAUUCAAGAAUAUCGUCUGGGAUCUGAUGAAAAUGAAAAUACAAAACAUAAUGGAAAACUUAAGGCAACAGCUAAAACAAAUUUAAAUGAAGAAGAUACUAUUGAAAUAGUUAAUUUACCAAGUGUACCUCUACCAAUAUCUUCUUUACCCAAUUUUAAUUUUACAUUACCUCAAGCAAUAACUAAAAAUCUUUCAAGGAAAGAAGAUAAUUUCAAAUUUGCCAGUCCAAUUAAAGUCACAAAUCCAACACAGAAUUUACAAUCUAUUAAUAAUUUCACAUUUAGUAGUCCAAUUAAUGCUGAAAAUCAUUUGAGUAAUUCUUUGGUUAACUUAUCAGAUAACAACAGUGGAUCUACGAUAACAUCCAAUUUUAUCUGGUCUGGUUCAUCUACAGCUCCUAGACCUAAAGACAAAGGAAAAUAUGAUAAUAAUAGCAAAAUAGGAGUUAAAGUUGCUAGCGAUUUGAAAACAGGUAGUGUUGUGGAUAUACUAUCUAAUAAAUCUCUCGAGAAAGCAUCUUCAUUGCAUAAGGCAAAGUCAUCUUUGGAUACAAGUAUUGAAGAAGAUGCUUGCGAAAAUCCUAUUGUUUCUGCCAGUGAAGAAAUGAAUAAUUCAACUGUUAAGAAACCUGAAAAUCUAAUCAAAGACACAAAACAAAACGUAUUAAAUAUAUGGGAAUGUGAUGAAUGUUUAAUUCGAAACAUUAAUUCUGAAACACGAUGUUUUGCAUGUAAAGCUUUGAGACCAAAAUUCAAUGUGCAAACUACAAUAUCUCCACCAACUUCAAGUAAUAUUGUAGAAGCAAAAACAACUGUGACUGAUUGCUUUGGAUCUCAUUUCAGAAUUAGCAAUAUUAAAUGGGAUUGUAUAUCUUGUUCUACAACAAAUAAGCUAACUGAUAUUAGAUGUGUUUCUUGUAAUGCACCACAAAGAAGGAAUUUAAAUCAAGCGAAUACAUCUCCAGCAGGCAUAUCACAAUCUGAAUUAAUGAAUAAGGGUUAUGCCGAAGGUUCGUGGGAAUGUCCAGGUUGUAUGCUAAGAAAUGACGCUAAUAUUAUUACAUGUCCUUGUUGUAAAGCGUCUCAACCAAAUUUAUUAAAAAAAGCAAGGCAAAAGAAAAAUAAGAACACAAAUAUGCAAGCAAUUGUUUCCACUCAAGAAAUGAAUACAACAAGCUCAAAUAUUUCGCAAUCAUUUAAUUCAGAAAUAAUGGAGAAAUUUAAGCCAAGCAAAGAUUCGUGGGAAUGUUCAUCUUGUAUGGUUAGAAAUACUGAUUCUGUUACAAUUUGCCCCUGCUGUAAUACUACUAAACCAAGUGCUAAUUGUGAUCAGACUAAUGAAGUGCAGAAGCUACCAGCAAGUGGUUUUGGAGAUAAAUUUAAAAAACCUGAAGGUUCUUGGACUUGUGAUACUUGUAUGUUACAAAAUAAAGCAGAAAACUUGGAAUGUGUUUCUUGUAGUAGUGUAAAACCCGGAAGUACAAAACUGAAAGAAUCUACAAGUACAAGUUCAAAUAUAAAAUUUAAUUUUGGUAUUCCUGCUGGAUCAAACAAUUUCAAAUUUGGCAUUGACAAAGCUGACAAUUCAAAUAAAUCCGGAGAUUCAUCUAUAAAUAAUUUUAAAUUUGGUAGUACUCAACAAAGCGAUACUGGAAAGUUUACAUUUGGUAUUCCCAAAGAUGACAAAAAUGACGUAUCUAAGACAGAUAUAAAUAACAGUACUUCGAAUGCUAGCCCAAAAACAUUAGUAUGCAAUAUAGGAUUUCAGUUUAACGCAAAGAGUGACAAGACUACUAUAAGCAAUAAAUCAACUGAAUUAGAUAAAGAAACAAACACAUCCUUUUCUUUUAAUGUACCCAAAAAUGAAAAUUCAACAUUAUUGUCUGAAAAACAGCAAUUACCUGUAACUACAAUUUCAACUCCUUUCACUUUCGGAACAAGUAAAACAGAAGUUAAUAUUUCAGAAAAAAAAGAUCAAAAGUCUGUUUUAGGAAAUAUUACAAAAGAAACUGUUGAACCAAACACAAGUACUACAGAGUCGUUUACAUCAAAAAUUUAUGAUAAUACUUCUUUAAUAGCAACGACUACUCAAAAUAAUGCUUUAGAAAAUCCGCCUAAUUCUACAUUUUCAUUUACUGCUUCAAGUACUAUACCAGUUAGCAGUAGUGUAUUAAUACCAGCAACUACAUGUCUUCCAACUUAUAGUCAACAUUCCUUUAAAUUUACUGAUGCAAAAGCAGUUACACAAACUACAACUACUCCUACUUUUGGACAAAUAGCAACAUCAUCAUCAUCAAAUGUUACUUCUACUUUACCUACAUUUUCCUUUGGUGCAAGCGAAUCUGUAGGAACCUCUGGUCCACCAACAACUGGUAGUACAGUAGAAGCAACGCCAAUAACUCCACAGAUCUUUACAAGUGUAUCUAAGACGAUGCCAUUAUUUAACAAUGUUGAUGUAAAAACAACAGUAGCAUUUGGCACAGGAGAAACCACUACAUCAACCUUUGCUACAGGAGAAAAUAAAUCACCCUUAUUUGGAACAUCAGAAACGAAAGUACCAGUAUUUGGAAAUUCUGAAAACAAAUCUAUUUUUGGAACAUCUGAAAACAAAAUGUCUGUAUUUGGAAAUGCGGAAAAAACAACUCCUGCAUUUAGUACACCAGCAGCAGUAGCAACACCAGCAUUUGGUUCACAAACAAGUAAUGCUGUUUUAUUUGGUUCAUCGGCUCCUGUUUUUGGAAAUAACAAUACCUCAAAUUUUGGUGGUGCCUCAGCACCUAAUAUUUUUUCAACAACAAAACCAAAUGAUAACAACGUAUCAAAUUCAAGUUUAUUUACUUUCGGUGCAGCAUCUAAUCAAACAGCAUCACAACCAGGAACUGGAUUUAAUUUUUCAGCUAAUAAUAAUCCUACUGAAUCAGCUCCAAAGCAAUUGUUCACAUUUGGUAGCAGUUCAAAUACACAACAGACCAACAAUUUGUUUGGAGGCAGUGGUUUUAAUAAUGCAGCACAAACUAAUACAGGAAGUACCUUUACUUUCAAUGCACCAAAACCAGAAGCUCCAGCUUUUGGUCAAUCAGCAGUUGCAACUUCACUCUUUGGUGGACUGCAAAAUAAUCAAAAUCAAUCAACAUCAACUUUUUCAUCUACUUCAUCUGCUAAUGCAGGAUUUAAUUUUGGAAAUACAACACCUGCAACAACCUCUGGGGGUUUCACUUUUGGGAGAAUGGAACCUAUCUCUACCCCAUCUGGAGAAUAUAAUUUCAAUCCUCCAAGUUCUACGCCAGCUGUUUCUUUUGAUCCUAAUACACCACCUUCUUUUAAUUUUACUGGUGGUAGCGCACCAAUUUCAUUUAACGCUCCUCCACCUGUAUCAAGAAAGAUCAAAAAAGCUGUACGAAGAAUGCGAUAUCCAGCAAAUGAUUCACAGCGCUAAUAAUGUGUACAUUCAGAUGCGUUUUUACAUCAGCUCGUGCAUCUUUGUGUGUGUUCUGUAUGUAUGUUUACAAGUUUCAAUAUAGUAUAAAGAAACUUUCGCACGUAAAUUGAUCACGUCAAUGUGGUGGUAUACCAAGCAUUUAUGUAAUAUAGUAGCCAGUUGAUGGGAUAUGCUUGAGUACAUCCACUUGUGUUCUACAGAAAGAACUGUAAAUUUUAAAUUAUUUGAAUUAUACACCUAUAAUGAAGAAAACAA